CUACUGUUACGUUAAAUGUACGGGUAUACACAGCUCGGAGGCAACGGGGCAGAUCCAGCUGAGCGGUAUUACGCAUCGCUGAUAAGCACACACUGGAUCAACAAGGUUUAUCUCGAUUCAACUUUCAUUGAAGAUUUGUUGGUACUUCGUUCGCGACGACAGUAUGAGCGAUGGAUACGUUGGCAAGACACACCCACACGAAUUGUCAUGAGCCCCCGUGGAUUCUGCUUUGUCUCCGCACAAUUUAUAUGGGAGUGGGAACGGUUUAUCGAAGGCUGGCGUAUCCUACCGCCAGUGGACGAAGAUGCCACCGUCGUGGGUAGCAAUAUUCAUAUUCAUAGCCGACAGGAACAGCAAGAAGGUGUAGAAUUAUCACCACUUCGCUUUGAUCCGUUCCUUCCAGAAUCCACCGAUUUACACAUAGUGUCUCAUGAAACGUGGGAUUAUCUUAGCCAAAAUUACAGCAUGACAGGACCCAAAAUUACCAAAGAUGAUUUGAUGCACUCGGAUAUCCAUAAGCAGUGGCAGUACACCAUCAAACGCUAUGCAGAUAGGGUCAUGCUACGCUUUUAAUGCAUGGAUCGUGCACGUUUCUUCUGCUCAAUAUAUUUCGUAGGCGGCACAACCACCGGUGGUUGCUCCACGUUCAGCGCCUUUAACCGCAGCACAGCCUUAUCCAAAGCCAGUUCAAUCAUGCACCUUGUACGGAUAAAAGAAAGCAAGGGCCAUGUGGAUUGUUCACCAUGGCGAAUCC